AUGCCACUGCGAGACAUAAAGAUUUUUCAGUUAUUGCCUGAUGACAAAGAUAUCGCAGCCAUACAACCCGAGAGUCUCCUAGUUCCACCAAAACCAGAGUCUCCAUUAUCUCCACGCCAUCAAGAAAAUCAAUCUAAAAGAGAUCCAAACAACCAACAAGAAGAUCAACAACAACCUCAAGAUCAAGAGCAAGAACAAGAUGAACGAAGAAGUAAACGAAAAUGGGAUGACUUUUCGCGUGUGGAGAUCCUAGAGACGCCGAGGAAUUCGGACGUUAGGUGUUAUUGUCCUCCUCGGCCGCCGAGAAAGCCCAAAGCAUCUCUGGCAAUGAAAGGGAGAGCCUUGUGGUCAAAGAGAUCGGUGGUUUUCUUGGAUGUAGCUAGAGAGGUCGAAUCCAUGUUUCCACCAUCUGUUCUUAGAGAUUUUGGCAAAAAGAUCAAGAAAGCUAGAUCUUAA